GGGUUUUAAAAUAGUUCCUGUUUAGCCUAGCUAGUGUUAGCAUUACCAUAUCUAGACAUAGACUUUCAUGAAGUUCUAGUUACACUGAGGUGUUGGUAAUUGGUGAUGUUUUCAUUUUGACAAUCGCCACUUUUUCCCUCAGAGGUGAAACUAAUUGCCCUGUCCUGGGCUAAAAAUAAACACUUUUGACAGCUGAGCUUAGAAGCUAACCUAAGCUAGCACCGGUUAGCUAACAGCUGCCUGGAUCUGGGACAGUUUGGGGAAACUGACGGGAACAUGGCUGAGGCAGUUGCAAAUGUGGCUCGCAGGAUCAAUGCAACAGUAGAGGAGGGCAAGGAGAAUUUGGAUUUAUCCAACUGCAAGCUAGUUUCUUUCCCAGACGGUGUGUUCAAGGUCUUGAGCAGUGUUACAGAAAACAUCCACGUUAUCACAUUGGCAGACAAUGAGAUGAAGGCCAUUUCGAGCAAAUUCUUCAGCACUUUUACCAAGCUGAGAGAACUAGACCUUCAAGGCAAUGUUCUCACCAAACUGCCUGACGCUGUGGGAGAAAUGGAGCACUUGACCAGCAUCAAUCUGGCCAAUAACAACUUCUCCACCUUCCCUGAUAAGCUCACAGAAAUAAGCACGCUGGAAAGGAUUAACCUGGAGGGAAACAGCAUCACUGACGUUCCAGUGGAGAAGCUGUUUGCAAUGCCAGCGCUCAAGUGGAUAAACAUGAAGUCAAACCCUUUGGACAGUGAGACUCAAUCUGCUCUGCAGGCGCCUCAUAAUUUUGACAUUUUGACUUCAUGAAAUAAUUUAAAAAACGGUCGCUCUCGCCCAUAAUACUGCAUGCUGUGUGCCUUAUACUAUUACACCUGGAUACUUCUGCUGUACCUCAGAGGGAGGAGUGCUUAAAGAACUAUUUCAGAGCUGCUAUUUUCUAUUCUGUCUAUGAGCUACAUAGAGGUGAGGAUGCUGUUUGGACAUGCAAUCACUCCAUCUUUGUUUUUUAAAAUCUCAUCAGUAUUUGAAAUGGGUUAUUUAUUACUUUUGAUAGGAUAAAAUGUCUUAAAAAUUCACUGCCUUGUGUCAUUUUUUAAAGCCAACUUUCUUUAACUUAGAGGCUUUUGUGUGUUACCUUAAAGGAGUGAUAUUUUGCUUUUUUAAAAAAAAAUGGAAUUAUGCAUUUUAACCCUAUAACGCUAAAUGUAUCAUCAUGAUC